AUGCCUUCGGGCGACGUGUUGCAAGCCACUCUCAAGGUCGUCUUUGUCUCAGCUUUUUGCCUGAUUUGUCUUGAGCAUAAGAAUGGAACGCAAAUGGCCGUAAUUGUGUUUCUUCUUCCAAGCGUCUUUUGUCAAGGUGGGAUGGCAGAAUUGAAAGCGAUCACUGGCGAUGAACCAUAUUCAGGACCAGGACCAAAUGCUCCGAUGCCAGUGCCACGUCCAAUGGGCUUCUGGGGAAGGCCAAGGUAUUCACCCGUUGGCUAUUACGGUGGCUAUGGAGGGGCCAGUCCGUAUUAUGGACAAGGCGGCCGCUACAACAGCAUCAGUUACAGUCCCUAUGGGGAGGAUGGACAACUUCCUUUUGAAGGGCCAAGCUACAAUCCGCGAUACAACUUCGCAACGGACAACGUACUCGAUCCCUCCACUCUUCUUUUGUCCCUCCUCGGUGGACGAUCCUACUCUCCUUAUUCAAGAUCCUCAUUAUCGUCUCCUUUCCGUACACCCUACCAACCAUUCCUCUCAUCUAGUAACAGUCCUUCUUCUUUCCACACUGCUUUCCAUCCUGAAUCAUCCUUUUCUCCCAGUGAUAGCCCGUCACCAUUCAAUUCAGCCUCCAGAUCUGACCCUUUCCCGCAUACCGAAUUCGGCCAAGCCGCUCCCUCCUCUUCAGACAGCUUCUCCUUGUCUUCGGCACUUGGUGGCAUUUACAAAGGCAAGGGAAAUGAGAUGAUCGGUCGAUAA